CAACGCAGGCGCGGGCGGCGGGGCGGGCGGGGGUGGCGGCGGCGUCGCGGGGCGGGCGGCCCAUGGCCGAGGGCGGCGGGCCACGAUGACCGACUACAGCGAGGAGCAGCGCAACGAGCUGGAGGCGCUGGAGUCCAUCUACCCGGACUCGUUCACGGUAUUGUCAGAAAAGCCAACAACUUUCACAAUCACUGUGACAUCUGAAGCUGGAGAAAAUGAUGAAACUGUCCAAACAACCCUUAAAUUUACCUACAGAGAAAAAUACCCUGAUGAAACUCCACUAUAUGAAAUUGUCUCACAGGAGAAUCUUGAUGAUAAUGAUGUCAUGGACAUAAUAAAACUGCUAGAGCAGCAGGCAGAAGAAAAUUUAGGAAUGGUAAUGAUCUUCACUCUGGUCUCAGCGGUACAGGAGAAAUUAAAUGAAAUAGUGGAUCAAAUAAAAACACGGAGGGAAGAAGAGAAGAAACAGAAAGAAAGAGAAGCAGAAGAAGAAGAGAAACAACGUUUUCAUGGCACUCCUGUUACCAUUGAGAAUUUCCUUAAUUGGAAAGCCAAGUUCGAUGCAGAGCUUCUAGAAAUAAAAAGGAAGAAGAUGAAAGAGGAAGAACAAGCGGGCAAAAAUAAGCUAAGCGGUAAACAGCUGUUUGAAAUGGAUCACAACCUUGACACCUCUGACAUCCAGUUCUUGGAGGAAGCUGGAAACAAUGUGGAGGUUGAUGAAUCUUUAUUCCAAGAAAUGGAUGAUUUAGAACUAGAGGAUGAAGAGGACGACCCUGACUACAACCCUGUUAAUUUAGAUAGUGAUUAGACUUAUUUGGACUGAUUCUGUCAUCAGUAUGGACAUAUUUAAGGAGAGAGGAGCAGGCAGGAAAGCCACAGCAUCUGUGGUUUUAGUAAUGUGUAUUGUUUUUCUUUUUUCUUAUUUUUUUUCCAAAGAAAAAAACCAACAUAUUUUAAAUCCAGGAGAAUGGUCUUCUGAUGACUUUCACUAUAAAUAAAUUUCCUUUAAUAUUUCAAAUGAAAAAUUUGAGAAAUAUUGAUCUGUCUGAAAACGCUUUUCUAUUUUCUCUAAUUAUUUUUCCUCCCUACUUCUGUAAUUGUCCUUUGAAGAGAUGUGGCAACAUUCAAGAUGGAAAGAUGCUACAGCAGGCACUAAGCACACUUGCAUCUGAGUGCUGAGCAGCUGUUCUGCUGUCUUCCACCCGGGAUAAACAUGGGCAGCUUUGGUGAAUAAAAGGGAUCACAUACUAUGCA